AUCGUCCAGUGAAGUAUUCACAUUAUUAUAUUGCAUUAAAAUCAGAAAAAGUUUAAUGUAAAAUUUUUAUUUAAAAAAAAUAUAAAUAAAUAAAGAAAAUGUUAACUUUAAUAUUAUUGUGUAUUUGCGUAUUAUUUCUUUUAUAUGGCUCCUAUAAAUAUUGUACAUAUAGGCCAGAAGGUUUUCCUCCUGGACCACCACGUAUUCCUUUGUUUGGUAGUUAUUUGUUUAUGAUGUUAUCGGAUUUUAAAUAUUUACAUAAAGGAGUUUUAAAUUUUUCAAAAUGGUAUAAAUCUGAUAUUGUCGGUUUUUAUGUGGGUCCAUUUCCUGUUGUGGCAGUGCAUUGUGCCGAAGGCGUUCGAGAAAUUUUAACCAAUUCCGAUUUCGAUGGACGUCCUAAAAUAUAUCUAUCUCUUAUACGUGAACCAAAUCUACAAUCUGCAGGUAUUUUCUUUGAAGAAGGACCCCUUUGGAAAGAACAAAGACGUUUUAUAUUACGUUAUUUAAGAGACUUUGGAUUUGGUCGACGUUUUCAGGAAUUAGAGUUGGUCAUACAAGAAGAAAUCACUGAUAUGAUGAAUUUAAUACGUAGUGGACCAAAAUAUGAGCAUGAAAGACCUUAUGUAAAAGAAGGUGGUCUACGCAUUUUAAUGCCCUAUUUCUUUAGUCCCUUUGCGGCCAAUAGUGUUUUUCACAUUAUGUACAAUGAAAGAAAAACACGCAACGAACAAGCUGAAUUAUGGGAACUAGUACGUUUGGGUAUGCAAUUUCAACGUAAUGCCGAUGAUUAUGGUAAAUUGCUUGGUAUAAUACCCUGGAUAAGAUAUAUUUUUCCGCAAUGGAGUGCCUAUAAACCGCUUAUGGAAUCAAAUGUUUAUUUGUAUAAAUAUUUUGAAGACUUCAUUGAUCGUCACAUCAAAACCUAUGAUGAAGCUAAUGAGCGUAACUUUUUGGAUUUGUAUAUAGGAGAAAUGAAAAAAGCCGAAAUGGAGGGCACAGCUGAGACGUCAACAUUUAAACGAAAUCAAUUUAUAUUGAGUUUGAUUGAUUUUUCAUUUCCAGCAUUUACUGCUAUUGGCACACAGUUGGCGUUUUUAGUACAGUAUUUGCUUUUGUAUCCGGAUGUCCAGAGAAAAAUACAGCAGGAAAUUGAUCAUGUAGUAGGUAGUGGACGUUUGCCAACAUUGGAAGAUCGUCAAUUUUGUAAUUAUACUGAAGCAUGUAUAAGAGAAAUAUUAAGAAUUGAGACAUUGGUACCAUCGGAUGUGCCGCAUAAGGCUAUGUGUGAUACAGAAUUAUUGGGUUAUAAAAUACCGAAAGAAACUUUAGUUGUACCUAGCUUAUAUGGAUAUCAUAAUGAUAAACGCGUUUGGGGUGAUCCUGAAAAUUUUAGACCUGAACGCUUUUUAGAUGAUAAGGGUAAAUUGUGCUUGAAAAAAGAUGUCUCUUUUCCAUUUGGCGCAGGAAAACGCUUGUGCGCCGGAGAAACAUUUGCCCGAAAUAUGUUAUUUCUUAUGACAACGGCUAUGUGUCAAAAUUUUAGUUUUGUUUUAGGUCCCUCAGAUAAACUUCCCGAUUUAAGUACAAAUCUAAGUGGUUUAAUUACAUCUCCUAAAGAUUUUUGGGUGCAAUUGGAAGAAAGAAAAUAAUAAAUAAAAUAUGUAUACAAAAUUCGAAUGAUUGAGUGUAUGUAUUUUUUAAAUAAAUAUCGUUUAUUUUAAUGAUAAA